AUGCUCGUGGUUCGCAGCCGACCAACGGCAAGGCUCUCGAAUACGGCGCGCAUCUUUUCACCCACCUCUAGCUCUCUCGCAGCUUUCUCGACAACUGGUCCUCGCGGCGCGACCCCUGCUGGACCUCCACCCGCUGGCUUCCGGUUGCCAAAGCCUGAGAGAUGGGAUCAGAGCAAGGAAUCGACGUUAGACAAGGCAGGAAAAUACUUCCUUUUGACUGAGAUGGCCAGGGGGAUGUACGUGGUGCUGGAGAACUACUUCAGACCUCCAUACACUAUAUACUACCCAUUCGAGAAGGGCCCCAUCUCCCCCCGUUUCAGAGGUGAACACGCUCUACGAAGAUACCCAACCGGUGAAGAGCGUUGUAUUGCUUGCAAGCUUUGUGAAGCCAUCUGCCCCGCCCAAGCCAUUACGAUCGAAGCCGAAGAGCGUCAAGAUGGAAGCAGGAGAACAACCCGGUACGAUAUCGAUAUGACAAAGUGCAUCUACUGUGGUUUCUGCCAAGAGAGUUGCCCAGUUGAUGCCAUCGUUGAAUCGCCGAAUGCCGAAUAUGCCACUGAGACUAGAGAAGAGCUUUUGUACAAUAAGGAAAAACUUCUUUCAAAUGGAGAUAAAUGGGAGCCGGAAUUAGCAGCAGCAGCCAGGGCAGACGCUCCUUAUAGAUGA